AUUAGCGCUAUUGUAAACCCAUUACAACCCAAUACUUUACAACUACAAUAGAUUAGUGGUUACAACGUGCGGAACGGCUGUUAUUUUUUAGGCCCACCAAGGGUACAACCUAGGUCGCUUGUCACUAAUUUUGUAGCUGCUUUGUCGCUUGUUUUAUUGUAAUAAAUGUCGCUGUCACUUUUGACCCAUAACACUAAUCCCAAUUUGUCGCUUUUCCCAGUCCCGAAGCAGUCGUUUGUCGCUCUUUUUUAGAUAGUCUGUCGCCUCUUUUUAAGGAAUGUCGCCUAUCGGUCAUAACCCCUUGGUGGGCCUCAUUUUUCAAGUAUCUUUUUUGAAAAUUUUGAGGACCGAGAUCUGAACCUCUCCAUUGGUAGUAACAUGACGUAUUACCUAAUUCAAAUAUGGCGGCCACAACUAAUUUUCGUUUUGUGCAAAAUGGGAAGGUAAAUUGUUGAUUCAGUUUGUUGUAAUAAAGUUGUACAUAUAGUUUAUUCCGCUGUGCUAAUGCCAUCCUUUACAAACUUAUCUUUUAUUUAGCUCUUGGGUCUUUUCAAAGCAAACUACGCGUUUGCUGGUCAGUGUUGUUAUUUCCAUACUUCAAAUCUUCACAUGAAUCCACGAAAGAAUUCGCCAUUUAUCAGUGAAAUAAAUGAACCAUCUUUUGAUGGUAGUGCCACGGUGCCAAGGAGGCGUUCAAUUCCUGACUCACUGUAUCAGAAACCUGAUAUACCAGAACAACUCAUGAAGUACAAUGAAUAUAAAGACAGAAUUGUUAUGGACAGCCCAGGUAAUGUACGAAGUUUCAUGAAUUAAUGAGUUUUUAACCCAGUCGAAUUUCAAAGAUUGUGUACGUCACAGGUAUACACUUGUAAAACCCACACAAGUGAUUAACGAAAAUGCUUGUUAAGCAUGAGUGACAAUCCCCCCCUCCCCCCCUCAUCGCAACUGGCAACGACCAAAUUAAAAUCAGGUUUAAGUAUUUUGAAGCAAAGUUGUCUGUAUUUUUGUCAAUGUUUUCAAGAAAUGCCCAUAGUCUUUUGAGGAUUUCAUAGGGGUGCACCGAAACUCUGUCAGGCCAGUUAGUUCCGGCCGGAACCCCGAUUUUUUAAGCCGCGUUCACACCAGCGGCCCAGGCCUGGCCUGGCCUUGACCUGGCCUGGGCCAAUUGUGACCCAUUCACACUGGCUUGACGCCCAGCUCCAGGCUAAAGCAAUCAGGCGUCAAUAUAAACGUCCUUGUGUUCCACUAAAGUAUUUAAUUUCGCGCUUUGAAUCUUUUUCCCUCCAAUUAUAUGACAAUCAUCUGACCAGUUUUUAUCGUGGGCAGAUAUUGCGAUGGUAACGGGGCCUCGCCCAGGCCAGGCCCAGGAAAAACCCGUUCACACCAGUGAUGAUCGAGGCCCAGGCCAGGUCCAGGCCACCUACAUUUGCUGGCCUGGAUUUCUUGACUUAGGCCAGGCCUAGGCCAGGCUCAGGCCAGGUAAAAGCCGUUCACACCUAGGCCCAGGCCAGGCCUGGGCCGCUGGUGUGAACGCGGCUUUAGAGGUCCAGUUCCAGUCGGAACUAAUAAAAAAAGCAUUAGUCUAGGACCUGUAUAUGAGUUUGUAUGCGAUUCAUUUAGGACAGGUAAUCGCAACUGUUUUUAGGGUAAAAUGACCAUGGCGGUCAACAUGGCAUAUGUGCGAAAACCUGAAUCCGGGGCGAAAGUCCCGAAAAUGACCCCGCCCUGAAACGGCAGUGUCGACAUAGCUGUAACUUCCGAAAGGGAAAAGCGAUAGCCUUUCUGAAGUGCUUAUGGUGUUUAGAAGGGUUGCUUUUAGGGGUGGUCAUUGGAAGGAAAAAUUAAUUGUCUAAGUAUAACAUUUUACCAGAAAAUGACCAUGCACCACCCCCAGGUAAAAUGCUGAUUAUGCACAAAAUAACUAUUUAAAUAUGCCUGGCAGAAAUUAAAUUUUCUUAUUUCCUAAAAAAAAUUAUCAUGGGAUGAAAAACUAUGCUUAGUUCAAUAUAAUUAUGGAUUUGAUAAGGAUUGUCACUUACCUCCCACGAAAACACGAUUUCAGCCAUAUUUUGCCGUCUUGUUUGCUUUUUAUCGCCGAGUCUCACAAAUAUCAUCCAGUCGUUGUACUUUUACUUAAUCAUAAAUGACUAAAGAGUAUAUCAUCCAAUUUUCAUGAAGUUUUGGAACUGUGCAGUGUAUUUUAUCUUCGAUAUUGUGUCCUUCGAUAUUUCGUCAAAUUGCCGCCAUUUUAAUGGCUCGCCGCUUCUCUGUACGAUAAAUGCCACUUCUCCAUUUUCAUAUGUAUUUAGAUUACAGUAUCCAAGAGUACAUCAUUGUAGAAUAGUCCCAAUCGAAAAGUUGACAACAUUUGUCCCAUUUGGGACGAAAAACCAUCCCGUAUGGUAUACUGGAGGGUUUAGGUUCAGAAUAAAAAACAAGUCAUUUGAAAGUCACGCGCAAUCUUCGCGAAAACUUCUUGUGGACACAUGACAGGGGGGGUGAAUAUUUUCACGAAACGUUUGUUCACCACCACAGAAACAUAACUAAAUAUAUUGUAUUUACUGCGAUUUCCAGUUGAGUAUGGAAUUGCGAAAGUUUGUUCGUCAAGUUUUGUCGUUUGAAAACAAUGUUUGUGACAUCAUUCUAUAAUGUUGUUAGGUGAGCUGACAAUGUUUUCAAGUAAAAUACUGCCAAGUUCACGACUAUAAAUAGAAACUUUAUUUCGUUUUGUAAUGAUUGACAGUUUUUAACGGUUUUUACUUGACAACAUUGUGUGCUCGCCUGGUAACAUUAUAGAAUGACGUCACAAACAUUGUUUUCAAACGACAAAAGUUAACAAACAAACUCUACGAACAAACUUUCGUAAUUCCAUACUCAAGUGGAAAUCGCAGUAUUGUAUUUUCAUGAUUUAUGAUAAAAACAAUAAAUAUUUGCGUAGUUUUGUUCAACGUUUGUCGAUCUUUUUAUUCUAACAUUUGAUGACUUGAAGUGUCUGCCUGUCUGGCAGUAGACAAAGUAACAUAUAACUUUAUAAUAUAGCAUUUGUAAAUUUUGAACGCUGAUUGGCUAAGAGCCGUGUUGAUAUAACUCAAUGUCAACACGGGAAAUUUUCCACCGCUUGUAAACACGGAAAUUUUUCUUAUCCUUCGGGCUUUUGACAUUGCUAUAUUAUAAAAAAAAUAUAAACAUUUUUUCCGUAUUGAUAUAUAGUUAUAUCAACACUCGUGGAAGUUGGGAAAACUCGAAAUUGUAUGAAAACACUCCGCCCUUCGGGCGUCGUGUUUCCAUACAAUUUCUCGUUUUCCCAAUUUCCACUCGUGUUGAUAUAACUGUAUAUCAACACGGAAAAUGUUUUAUAUUUGUUAAAUAUAUAGCUUAAUAAAUCAGUUCCGGUUGGAUCUAAUAAAUCAGUUCCGGUUUUUCCAGUUCCGGUUGGAUCUGGUUCCAGACGGAACUUAAAAAAAUGGUUCCGGGGCACCCCUAGAUUUCAACAGUGUCAAAUUCCCAGGGACCUUUGAGUACACAAUAUCUGGCCCUGGUGCACCACUUUGCAAGCUAAUUACCAAUCCCUGGGAACAGCAUGGUGAGCAAAUUCCAGGCUGUUGUCCCAGGAAGAGGAGUGGGGGGGGGGGAGAGAGUAAUUGGGGAGGUGGCAUGUUACAGACACCUACGGAGCAUACGUCUGUGGUGCAUAGCUGUUGAAUAUGAGAAAAUUUACUAAACAGCCAUCUACUAAACAGCCAUUGUUGGUGAGGAAACUAAAAUAGGUUAUUGUUAUAAUACAAGGGAAAGGCUGUAGUUCGUUGAUCUCAGAAUGACAUUUGUUCAAAACUUUUUUCUUGAAGACUAGUUUAGAAACAAACUUGGAGUAGGGUGAGGUUAGGGUUAGAGUUAUAGUAUUUGGAAUAGGGUUUGUAUUAGUAAAACCGUCGCUUUGUUACGUUUUGUCACUUUGAUCGAGGCCAGCAAAAUAUAAAUUAUUAACCUCUUCCAUCAUACAAGGGUUGAGGUUCAGUUUAUCGCUUGAAGAGCAAUAACAUUUUUAUGUUACCCUGUCAUCGCCCUGAUGAAGGCACAAAAUAAAAUACAGUAUACAUGUGAUACUUUUUGUGGCAGGCAUCUUUCUGCUUGCGCGCGGUCUGGAAAUGACGAUAGUUCGGAAAUACUCGAUAGUUAUAAUUAUAUAUAUUUGGGCUGUUCAGAUCCAGGGCAACUUAACUGGCUUGCCUUCUUGGGCUAGUUUGUCAUGUACUUUAUAUCAAGGCAGUUAAUAGUCAUGGUGGUACAACAGCAGGAAAUUCUCGAUAUGAAAAGCACAUCAAGUUUUUGAGGUCAAACUAACAGUUUUCACGCUGAUAUAGAAUUAUUUGUUACAUUCUUUAGGUGGGAUGCUUUCAACAUAUGUUCCAAUUCUAAAAAGAUCUUCUAUAUUUUCUAUUGAGGUAUGCACAUAAAUAGUCGUUAAAAGUGAAUCCCGUACAAUGUAGUUUCUUUAUCAACUCUUUGUAAGCGUAAGGAUGGAUUCACUAGCUGCAAUUCACGGAGGCAUGCAAGUAAAAAUUUUAAAAAUAUACAAAUACGUAUAUGUAUGUAUUGGCUAAACGUACAUGGAUUUUCUUGGAAACACCAAAUGACUCCUUAGGUCCCUAGCCACAUGAGAGUCCAUGUUGGAUGAGUUAUAUAUACUAGCCACAUCAUUGUAUAUGGUAUGAAUAUCUUUAUUUAGGGUUGGAAACAAAGGUGGCAGUCAUUUAAGGAUGCUAUUAUAUCAACGUACAGGUAAAUACUGCAAUAUUAAGUAAAUGAAUUCACCUUUGUUUUCAGUACUGAAAGCUCAAGUUAUCCGUUCCAGUAAACAGAGCCUCCAGAAGAAAAUAAAUUAAUCGAGUUAAUGUACUAUUUUGGCCUCCAUCCUCUCAUAGUCAAUCGAGAUAUUAUGGUCUUGAAACUGGGCAAACAUCAAAAUAUCUAUAAUGAGUUACGAUUUCAUGUUGAGACAAAUUCACCGUGCACAUGCAUAUCUGGAUGAUUCGACGACAUGAUGAUUGCUUCAUUAUGCCGAAAAUACAUUGUCUUCACCAUGCACAACAUUUGCAGUGUUUCCAGACCGAUAUCUUGAUUGACUGUGAUCGACGUACAUAAACUAUGACUGAUUGAUGAGAUAACUUUCUGCCUUUUGCUAUGAAUGUUUACUUUUAAUUACAGUACUGUACCUGCAUGUAUACCUGGGCAUAUUUAAUGUUUUACAGUAUUGGGAUGAUCAAAAGAUCAGUCAAACCUUUCAAAGUGAGGGACUUUGCUGAAGAAGCUGAAAAAACAUUUAUUGAUGUUAAUACAUGUUUAACAAAGUACGUAUUAUGAUUUUAAAGUGCAGCUUUUUUUGUUAAAAAAGUAUAGAGAUUUCCGUGCAGUAGAUGGGUGAAAUAAAAAUCGUGUCGUCAUGGCGGACGAUAUUUUUUACAUGUGAAAUUUACCGUCUCACCAUUUUGAUUAGUUGGACGAAUUUUAUUACAUGUGAUGAAUUAUCGUCUCAGCGUUUGAUUGGCUGGUGUUUUCCCGCUCAUAAUUGUAAACAUGACGCCUGGUUUUAGCGAUCGCGCGAAGUCGCCGUAGUGAGAGUUUUUAUUUCAUUUUCGCUAAUAAAACGACUAUAUUAUCAUCAGAAAAACAUGUCAAGGCUAAAAUUACUUCAGAUAAACAUCUUCGACUUCGAUGAGAAAUCUGUUUUUGCAUAUACUUCGUUUGUGGACCUUGUGUGUUGUUCGCUGUGAGUUUGUCAGUAUCAAAUAUUUAUCUCUAUACUGUACGUAUAACAGAAAAUUUCUUCAUGGUUGGUUCGUUUGUACGAUUUUUAUUAUUUACCCGUUGUGAAGGAUCGCUAAAACAAAUAACUGUGCAUGUGCUAUAGGAAUUCCUAUUGGAAUCGUCCAAAAUCUGAUAGGGAUUAAUUAGAUAUGAUUCCCAACAAAAUUUGCCAACCAUGUUGUUCUCUUUUGGGUAUAUCAAUAUAACGUGGUCGAGUGUCGAAAUAGCCGCCGGCAAUUUUAGGACUUUGCCGGCGAUUUUUAAUUUCAAAGCAUAGGGGAUCGGCGAGAAUAUUUAUUCACCGAUGACUCGCUUACAAUAACACGAACAUAUACACAGAACUUGUUAAUAUUUGUUCCUACACCAAAUAAAAUGUAUUGCUGUGUUCUUACAAAUGUUGUGUUGGUUUACAUCACUAUUAUUUGGCCUAUAUGCCCACUCCAGAACAUAACUAAACUUCUCUUGGAAAAUAGCUGGCAAACAUUUUCACCUGCAAAAAAUAGCCUAUAAAAUUUGACAUAUUUUCAGAACGUUAUUUCGAACCCUAGACUGUCAAACUACACUCAAACCCAGGGCUGGAUGAAGAUUGAUCAAGUCCAAGAACUUGUCAAUGAAUUAAUUCAUUAUUAUUAAGCAUGAGUUAUCAUAGUAAUUAGACCCUGCUUCGCCUCUCGCAUUACCCGAACUUGAAUGUUAUGUAAUUUGUUCAUUAUAGAAGUAUAAAAAAGCUUAAAGUAAGUAUCAGGAGAUGCGAAAAUCGAAUAAAUCAACACAUAGUGAAGUCAAAAUAGAAUUAUUACAUGGAUUCAAUAAUACCGAACUUGAUAUUCGUAAGAUAUCAAUAUUUUAUAAAGAUAGGAAGCAAACAACACAAUUGAUUGCAUGACAUCCAAUUAAGUAACCAAAAACUGAAUAACUCCCAAUAAUUUUUCUAAUUUCUAUAUUUCACACAUGCAGUUAAGAAAAUUAAUUAUGUUUUUCUGGUUAUAGUGGUGACAAUACUGGUCUUCUAACAAGAACUACUCUAACUGCAUAUUAUGUAAGUCAAACUUUUAGUGGUUAUUAAUUGGUCCAAAUUUAUUAUUAAUUAGUUAAUGAUUGUAUUCUGUCUACUUAGGCGGGGUUAUUUUAUUAUCACUAAUUUUUAUUUAGGGUUUUGUCAAAGAAUUUUUCGAUGCCAAGAGAAAGUUUCAUUGGCACUUUGUUUCAUCGGUUGAACGUCCACGUGUAGUGCAUGCGGCAAUAUCGUCUAUGGAAGAGAAAGAAAAUCUCUUCGCCCAAGUGGUUGUACGCUUAAACAUUAAUCAAGUAAGUCCAAACAGGUGGGAAAAUUGACUGAGCAUGCGCGAAAACUGGUCGGGAUUUUAGCGGGAGAACAAGUAUGUGUGCUUCCACUUGGUUGAUUUAAAAAACAUAAACAACAUGAACGAAGCCUUCGAAAGACAAUUUUACAGCGGCUGUUUAGGCCCACAAAUCACCACAAAAAUUGGAUUCACUGACAAAACAUGUUGCAGUAAUACUUUGAUUUCCUAUAUUGCCACAUAUUUUACAAUGUAAAGUAUUAAUAUCGAUUAUUUCAGUGCAAAACCAAACAGAGCAAAAAAUUUCCUUUUAAAAUGUCGUCUGUGAAAUUCAAACCAAAAAUAAUAAAACUUCUUCAUUUUUUACAAAGUCAAGAAAUUUAAUGCCAACUUAAAAAUGCUUUGUAAUUUAAUGUAAAACAGCGAUAUUUCGUUGGCACAACCUGUUACAUGACAAAAUUCGUGUUUAUAGGAUUUUGAACGAGCGAAAAUUGUGUCUAAAAAUAAUACAAAGUUUACGCUUCGAAAUGAGGGUCAUAGAAAAACCGGAUUACUAUGUUUAUAUGUUUUCCCAAUACUUUGAAAACCUAAAAUAAUAUUUUAAAACUAUUAUAGCAAAAUACGGGGCAAAAUGUUCAUUCUGAUGCUCAUUUUCUGAGUCGCCUUUUUCGUAUAAAUUAAUUACACUUGCACAUGAAAUUUGCCAAAAUUCAGUACUCUCUUAAUUUUUUAGGGGUAGCGGGCCACCGGCUUUCGGCUUUAGGGUUAGGGGGUGGGGUCAGAGGUUAGGAAGUGGGGGUUAGGGGUUAGAGGUUAGGUUAGGGGUUAGGAUUUGGAUUAACGUUUGGAUUGAUCGUAUACCCAUUACAACCCAAUACUUUAUUGCAUACAAUGGCAUUACAACGCCAAUAGAUUAUUGGUUACAACGUGCGGAACGGCUGCGUAAGUCCAUAAUUAUUUGUCGUAUUUGGUAUUUGCAAAACUUAUUGCAGUUUUUGCUUCAACAUUGGAUAUUAUUACUUAGGAGCGAACCAUUGGAAAAGCGAUUGGAGGGGGAGGGGGGGGGGAGGGAGUAAGCUUGUACAAAUUUUUUCCGGCCGCCUGCUUGUGCUGGAAUUUUUACCGGAAUUUGACGAAUAUUUUUCUUUGUUUUUCCACUUUGCACGAUUUUUUUCUUCUUUUGUUUUCCUUUGCGCGAUUCUUUUUGUUUCCUCCCCCCAUCACUUUUCUAAUGGUCCACCCGUUAAUUCAAAGAAUUAAUUAUUUUCUAUAUGAUAUAGACUAUAGAUUAUAGGUAACCAAGUAUUGAAUAGUUAAGUACUGAAACAUUUAUUGAGUAUAAACUUUUAUUUUCCCAAAAUCUUGGCAUUUCAACAGAAAGAGUACAGUACAUAAUAUUAUUUUAAAUUAGUAGGUCAAAUAGAUAUAUGCAUUCGGAGUAUUUGGGCUAGGUGAAAUAAAAAAUAUAUUCACCACUGCCUUAUUUAAUAGAUAUCGGCAGUUGAAGACAGAAACGGACGUGUGGUCUCCGGAGACACGAAGAAACCACGUGAACUUUUAGAGUACAUAGUAUUAGAAAGACAUUUACCAAAUGAACAUGGCACGUGGAAAAUUUGUGGUAAACUUUAUCCAAAACAAUAGGAUGAUAUGGGCCCGGAAUGAAGCUGCAGCUUUUUGCGUAACAGAUUGGCAGUCGUUGGAGAGUCUGUAACCUAGAUGUACAGUAUAACUUACAGAACUAAUGAACGGAAGCUUCAGGAGGUAUUUCGUUGCAUGUCUGUGAUGUCUUUCGAGCUUUAGCAUAAGUUCGAUAGAUAUAUACAUGUAUAGACUUGUGUCGCGUAAGUUAAAUCGUACCAUGUUCAAAUAUAUAGUUCUCCUUGUUGGAACGCCACGAAUUGUUCGUGUGCUAC